GUCCCUGGUGCGGUGGCACAUCGAUGUCCUGGGCGAGGGCAGCUUCCGUGACACCCCGGCCCUGCAGCUGCUGUAAGGUCCCCACGCUGCCCCCGACGCGUCCCCAAGGUCCCCACAGUGUCCCAUCGGUGUCCCCUCAGUGUCCCCAAGGUCCCUGUGGUGUCCCCGUGGUGUCCCCAAGGCCCCCACGCCAUCCCAAACGUGUCCCCAGCGUGUCCCUGAGGUUGGUCACUGCCGGGCGCCUGGGGACCAUCGGGGAUGGGGCCUUCGCCGGGCUGGUGCUGCUGGAGUACUUGUUCAUCGAGGACAAUGACGUGGGGACGAUCGCCCCCACAGCGCUGCGGGGUCUCCGGGGGCUGCUUUACCUGUGA